CUGAGAUUUAUUUAUAGAUAAUAUCUAUUGCAGUGGUUCUUGGACCUAGAACAUAAAACCCUGACUCCUUUGUGAGAAGUGAACACAUGGAUUUACUGAGGGAAGACUCAAAACCUUAAUCAGAGGAUUUAUUCAAAGGAGAAGAGCCACAGUUGAAGGAAAGGCCUUUUGGACAAUGGAAGGGGGGAGAUGGAAGGAGGAGAAUAAGGGUGAAAGUACAGGGCUGAGUGAACGAGCUGAGUGCCAACUGGAUUUGGAGGAUUCUGGCAAAGCCCAACGUCUGUGGCGUUUCUAAGGGAACAACAACGCAACUAAGUUCACAGAGUCCAAGCAAAACCCACUGGAAGCUGGUCGCUGCACUGGGAGGAUGAAACUGUGGAGUGGAUCACAAAAGAACAGUGUGAGAUGUCAGUUCUUGGGCCACAGGUAAAACUCUUUCCGAGAGGGCACAGGCAAACCAAUGGAGGAUCACAUGACCUCAUUAGAGACGAUGGGCACCGGAAGCACUUCUGUUAACAUGGCAACUGACUCUGUGGAGACUGAUCCCGACCUGCAGGUUCAGUGUAAAGAGUGAAGGUCCCGGAGCAGAGAGCACGUUGGCUGACAGGCACCUGAGGAACAGGGUCAGAGAGUAAGUGAGACCGGAGAAGAGCCUGCUGGUACCGCUCUGUCAGCUCGCCUCAGCCCCCCCACCGCCCCAGCAUGCAACACUCCCAGAGGCUGGACCAAAGACUGCACAUGCUCAGGGACGAGGUCAGAGCCAUGACUCGGGAGAAGGAGCGAGGGGAGCGGGUAUGGAGGGAGCGACUGCAGCGCUGUCAAAGGCAGCUGAAGGCCAAAGAGGAGGAGAUGAGCCGCCAGUGUCAGUACUUUGAGAACUUUAAAACCCAACUCCAGCACAAGCUGAGCCUGGGCCGGGACAGAGAGCAGAGCCUACAGAACCGCAUCUACACUUUAGAGAAGCGGCUGCUUGACAUGACUGUGAGUGCCGCCACCGGCAUGGCCACAAUCAGAGCGGCCAGAAUCACUGCCGGUACCGUAACACUCCGGGAAGAGCAAGAGAGGCUGACUUCUAUGAGAGGAGAGGGUGAGGGAGAAGAGGAGAGAAAAGAGGAGAGGAUGAAGCAAUUGCAGACAAGUGUGAUUCCUGAAAGAGAGGGAGGUCUAGAGGGCGAUGAAGGACAGACAGAGAAAGAAAUGGAAGGAGGAGGAAACAACGACACAAAGCCCAGCUCAGAUGAGUCGAGGCUGCAGGGAUUCAUCUUGAGCCUGCAGGAGGACCUCAGGGUGCUGCUGGAGAGAGGGGAGGAUGGGAUGACAGAGCGGAGGGGGCUGGUGGAGCAGCUCACCGAGGCCCAGGAGAACGGCCUCUUCCUGGGCAACAGAGUGGAGGAGAUGAAGGCGGAGGUGCACGGGCUGAAGCUGUCUGAAAGCUCACUGAUGGAGGAGGUUGAGGAGCUGAGAGAGGAGAACGACAGACUCCAGCUGGUCCUGAGGGAAGCUGCAAACCAAACAGCCAGUCAGUCGCCGACAGUCGCCUGCACAAGUAAAGAGAAGAACUCAGUGGGGAGCUCGGCAGAGGUGCAGCCAUCAUUGACCGGGGGAGUAGAUCAGUCACAGGUAUCUGCAGUUCCACCUGAUCACCACCAGGUUCCAGCAGAGAUCACACUGAACAAACCAAACUGUGGCUCCAAACACAACCUCAGCUUCCAGUCACUUUCCUUGACUUCAGAGACAGUAGAUGAGUUUAACCUGGAGACCUGGUGCUGCAGGGGGAUCUUAGACCUGGAGCAAAGCCCCAGUGAGGAAUCUGAUGCCCUGAGAGAAGCGUGUAAGAGUUUGGGGUUAGGGGAAGAUCUUGCUGACCUUCGAGAGCAACGCGGCAGCCUGGAGGCUGCCCUGCAGCACACGCAGGAAGAACUGGAGAUGGUGACUCAGGAGAACACUCAACUAAAAAUACAACUCAGGCAACAGGCAGAGGAGCGAGCUGCAGAGCAGGGGUCUUCAAGAGAAAAGAUAGGCCACGCCCAGUCCUCUCCUCCCCAGGAUAACAACAUUCUCACCCUCGCCCAGGAUGAACUCGCCAAGGAUGAACUCGCCCAGGCCCUCAAUCAGGAGAACCGGGCCUUAGCAGAGAGGAUCGAGGAGCUGCUGGCUCACAUCGAGCUUCGAGAGGUGGAGAUCAAGAAGGAGCAAAGUCAGCUGAGGGAGCGCGCCCCCAGGUUGGAGGAGGUCAGAGUCAGGCUGGAGCAGGAGAACCGGGAGCAAGGAUGUUUGAUCACAGAGCUCACCAGGAAGACGGAGGACGAUCUCAACACAAUCAUGGAGCUUCAGCAAAAGUUGGAAGAGAGUGGGAAGCAGAGCAACGCAGAGGAAUGUGUGGACAAUAUGGUGGAAAGAAUUGAAACGCAAUCAACGUCCAGUACCCAAACAGAUGAUUUGAUUUCAGUGUCAGCAACUGGAUCUCAACAUAACAAUCACCAUAAUCUCUUACAAAACAGCCAACCCAACACUUUGCAUACAAGUGCAUUGAAUGAUCAAGUGUGUCCCCUGACCAAGACAGUCCAGAGCCUCAAAACAGAACAAGACGAACUGAUCGGCAACUUAAAUUCUCUCCGAGAGCAGCAGGGGGAAGUGGCUCAGUCAGUCCAGACAAAGACAGAAGAGAAACAGCAGUUGACUCGCGCAGUUUGGGGACUGAAGGAGGAGAAAGACAGGAUCUCUCAGUGUCUGGCUGGUCUCAGACAAGAGCGAGAGCAGCUCACCAGGACGCUCUGUGGACUGAAAGAUAACAGAGAUCACUUUAUUAGUUCCAUGAGUGGCCUGAAAGAGGAGAAAGAGCAGCUAACAAAGACCUUGUCCAGUCUUGAGAGAGAAAAAGAGAACCAUCUUUCAAUCGAAAAGGAAGAGCAAGAACAAAUCAAGCAAUCCCUGCAAAGUUUACAGACAGAGAGAGACCAGUUGAGCAGAGUGCUGCUCAGUUUGAAACAGGAGAGAGAGGAAAUAACCACUUCCCUUAAGUGUCUGAAAGAACAGAGAGACCAGGAGCAAUCAUCUCACACUUCUAAAGACGACUGUGACAACUUGAUGAAGACACUGAGCAGUUUGAGAGAUGAAAAAGAAAGAGUUGAACAUUCAAUUACCCGUUUGAGACAUGAGGAAAAGCAAAUAGCGCUUGUGACUCAGAGCCUGAAAGAGGAAAAACAAAGCCUCCUGUCUGAGUCCCACAGCCAAACACAAACCCAGCAGAGGAACCAGAGGCAGCAGCCGGUGAAUCCAAACACCACUGAUCCAACAGAGGACACUGAGACUGUGCUCGGGACAGGACAGGCCAUACAAAGAUGUCAGACUAAUAACAACAGAGGGAAAUCUCUACAGGAGCAAAGGGAUCUGCUGAGGGAGACUGAAGUUUUGGGAUCACAGCUGAAGACGUCACGAGAGGAACUGGACAGGAGCAACAUACAGGCAAAGAAGUUGCAAAGUGAGCUGUGUCAGUCAGAGGCCAGGAGGGAGGAGGCGGAGAGGACAGCAGCGGAGAAGGGGAUGAGACUGACAGAUGUGGCCAAUCAGAUGGAAGAAACCAGGAGGGAAAACAAGAGCCUCAGCACCCAGGUGAAGGAGCUGCAGGGUAAAGUGACCGGCCUGCUGAGGGAGAAGAGUGAUGCUCUGUUGCUAAAGACACAGAUAGAAGAACAGAACAACAUCCUCACAGCCCAGCUCAAGGCCAAGACGGUGGCUCUUGACGAGUUGAACUCCGAGUACAUCACUUUAAAAAGAGGACAGGGCUUCAAGCAUGAUGAUGCUCUCAUGUCUGUUCGCACGCGCUACAACGACAUCAGAGCUAAGUAUGAUGCCCUCCUGAAGAAGAGGAGCCAGACAGAUCUGGAUCUGGCUCCUUUAAAGGCCAAGGUGUCCUGUCUGGUGGUGAAGUGUCAGGAGAGGAACAACUUGUUAGCUAAGAUGAUGAAAGCCAUGCACAGACACGGCUGCGCAGACUCCACACUCAACCAGCAGGUGGAGCUGCUGCUCAGUGACGCUGCUCUGCGGGACUACACUGCAGCAUUCACACCAGGAGGAAUCGCCACCACUGGGGAUUACAGUGCUGGGUUUAACUUUACACCAAGAUUUAUUUCAACAUUUAUUCAUUCAGACUGCUCCACUGGAUCCGUACGUGGUCAGAGCUGUCCCACUGUUCUCUCACCUGCACAUGAACUAACACCGGAAGCUGGACGGACAUGCAGAGACUUCAAACGUGACGGACACGUUUCUAUCUCCACUGCAUCAUCAACAAAUAUUCAAGACUGCAGGAGUGAAGUCACGAGAAAUACCAGCUCACCUGUGCAGGAGAAACCGAGUGUCGAAGCUACAACAGCACUUACAGAGAGCUCCAUCACAAAUACUGCAAAGCUGGGUUUACCGGGAUUGCAGUCCACACAGUUGUCCCUGUCCCCCAGUGGACUGAUCCAAGCAAACGAUGGUACAGAGACAUUUGGAUUUCCUCGGUCAGACGUGAGAGGGAAGUCGUCCCCAGAUCUGACCAGUUCCACCAGUUCCUCCCAGAGUCCCACUCCUCCUCCCUCCACCGGCACGCCCAGAAGGCUGAGCAGCCCCGAGAAGAUCCUCAACCUCCAUGAGCAACUGCAGAGGACUCUGAUGAGCAGCUACCAGGCUCCAGUGAGCAGAGGACGAGGACAGGAGCCCAGGAAAAGUCUCUCAUUUUCAGUUCCUGCAGACCUGAAUCUGACCUGUCAGACAAACAGGCUCAGCUUCAACAAACCACAUAUCAACUCCCUCCCAGUCACAGCUGCUUCAAACCAAACUACACACGCUGGAAUAACAAUUAAACCUGCAACGACACUUUUUAAUGCAGUCGCUUCCAGAUCUGCUCAUGUUUCAUUCAGCCCCAGCAGCUUUACUCACCAUCACUUUAAAGCAUCUGCUCUUUCCGGCUCAUCUAAUGAAAGUAAAUCCCCCCCGCACAGUGGCACUGACAUGACAGUUUCAACAGACAUGACAGAGAAACUCCCUGCUGUCCCGAACUCAUUUGAGAGACGUCACACAACUCCUCUAACUCUUGGGACCAAUAGCUUUGAUUCUAAUGUCUCAAUAUGUCCUGACACUAAUCUGAAACGCACUGCCUCAUACACCACUGCUCCUGGAAAAUCAACUGCCCCUGAAUGUAAUACUUCUAAUGGUGCUGCCCAUGCUGCACGUGACCGACCCGUCUUCACUGGAUCCUGGACCCACUGUGGUCAUCGCUCUCCAGAGAGACCCAACAGGUCUGCCAGGAAGUCCACUGCUGCUGGAGAUCAGACACAAACAGCAAGACCAAGACCAGACGCUCCAGCAGAGGUCCGCUCUGUUGAGGUCAUCCAAACCGUGGGCCAGAGCAGCCUCAUGAUUGGCUGGGAGAGGCCGCCGCUGGACGAGCUGGGCUGCAGCAACGGCACGUUUGUGUACGGAUACAGGUUGCUUAUAGAUGGGGACUUCCACAAAUCUGUCAUGAGCUCGGCAUGCACCAAGUGCAUCGCGGAGAACGUCGACCUGAGCGUCCCGAUCCACAUCAGUGUCCAAACGCUGGGAUCGAACGGUCUGAGUUCAAACAGUGUCCACACCGUGUUCAGGAAGGACCACCGCUGACCAACUGCACCACCUCACACUGUGGUGUGUCUCUUUACAACCACAACACACAAUCUCAGUGAAAAUCGUCUUCACCAGGAGUCGAGGUGUGAACGCCAUCUAUAUCUGCAGCCCUCUGAGGAGCUGUCCUAACCUCCACCUCAGCUGAGACGGCGUCACACUCCCCAGAUAACCUCUCCAUGUGAGGCUCAGGUCGACCAAUCAGAAACACUCUCCCCACGUGCUCUUUACCCAUGAGCCUGUGGGUGACCUGUGACCCGCCAGUGAACCUCAGAACCAAGAACUGAAGAUGUCAAACUGAAGAAAGUGCUGAAAUUGCACCUGCCUCUAAAAGCGGGUAAAGACUGGCUACUUCCUUUUCUCGUAGGGAAGUACUUCCUGUUUCAGAGACCCCCCCCCCCCCCCCCCUGCACUCACCUCAUGAACGGAGCGGACACUGUGGCGGCCGGGUGAAAGGCCGGAGUUGCUGCCAAUCAAAGCAAAUGUUUUAUAAAGCAAAGCUCAAUCUCAUCGUUGACUGUUACACUCACUACCACUAGAGGAACAUCUGCUUCUGCUGCUCGUUUUUUACACUGUGUUAACCUGCGACUGAUCCCGGGUCAGAUACCGUAGCUUCAUCCCCUGCUGCUGCCUCUCUGGACUGUGAACAGCUCAACGGACGUCUACUGUCUUUUUUUAAAAGCAACACUUACUGUAUAAUGUGCUCACACAACAUUCUACCAAUAAUGUCAUUUUCACCGGAUUUUUACACAUGAAGCCAAAUAUGACAAAAGACGAUUCACUCCAAAGACUCAUCCGCCUCCGUCUCCUCACAGAUCUGCAGGAUUUCUUUAAAACACAGAAGCCAGAUGCUAUUUUACUUCUAAAAAUUUGCACAUAAUCAUUAAUAAAAAAAAAAAGAAAGAUAACCACUGAUAUUUUUGUAGAGAAUAUAAGAAGAAAACAUGCCAAUGGUGUAUAUGAAAUGAUACCACCUAUGUGUUUUUGUAUGAGGGGCACUGUGUUUCCUACCUAAUCGAUGUCACGUUUGCACGCUCAUAUGGAUUUUUUUUUUAUACAAACACACACACGCACGUGAUGUUCUUUUGCUACUUCCUGUAUGUGUGUAUGGAUGUGGAGUGACCAUGCAAAUGUAUUUUUCUAUCAGUGAUUGAUUGAUAAUAUUGACUCCCCCUUGAUUCCUCACAACUGU